ACCUUAACCACAAGAGGGAAGAGACCCCCGUUCUCUAAACCCUGAUAACCACUUGCAAGCAGUGUCAGAGAAGAGGCUGCCUUUAUUGUGCAGAGAGAAACAGAGAUUCCCAGAAAAAUUUUUGAGGGAUAAACGUUAUCCCCAAUCGCUCCAUUGAAUUCCAGUUACUUUUAUUUGCUGUAUUUUGUGUGCUAGAUAUUUCGUUUCCCAUCGCUUUUUCCAUUUGUUUACUGUCGCUUUCUCUUUUUCAUUUUCUUCCUCUCGUGACAUCCAUUCUUUUCCUCCUACCUAUCUUCUUCUCCUCCCUAGAGUCCAGGAACCCAACCUCCUGGUCCACCAAGCUUCAUCUGGGUCUCCCAUGGCAGGUUGGGUUCUAUCAGAAUGCGGCUUAAAGCCUCUUCCUCUAAAAUGUCCUAGACCCAGAAUCGGAACUUCUCCGUACAAUCCUCCAUCGAGGUUUCGAAUUCUUAACGCAAACCAAUCCAAGGGUAAAAUAGAUCUGAAGUUUUCUCCUUCCGGUUUUCCUGGCCCGAGAAGUUGGGAGCCGAGGGUAAGCGCUUCUAUAAGUGUUCUCCCUGUGGAAGAAGAAGAGGAAGAAGUGAUAGUCACUGAGGUUAAUGAGUUCGAUCCCGGUGCUCCACCACCUUUCAAGUUAUCUGAUAUCAGAGAAGCCAUUCCAAAGCAUUGCUGGGUGAAGAAUCCAUGGAGGUCAAUGAGCUAUGUCGUGAGGGACGUUGUUGUCGUUUUUGGAUUGGCGGCGGCGGCUGCUUAUUUGAACAACUGGAUCGUUUGGCCUUUGUAUUGGGCUGCUCAGGGAACUAUGUUCUGGGCUCUGUUUGUUCUUGGCCAUGAUUGUGGUCAUGGAAGCUUUUCAAAUAAUCAUAAGCUGAACAGUGUGGUUGGGCAUCUUUUGCAUUCUUCCAUUCUAGUGCCUUAUCACGGAUGGAGAAUCAGUCACAGGACUCAUCAUCAAAACCAUGGCCAUGUAGAAAAUGAUGAAUCUUGGCACCCGUUGCCUGAGAAGAUUUACAGUAACUUGGACUUUAUCACUCGGAUCUUGAGAUUUACAGCGCCAUUUCCAAUGCUUGCAUACCCUUUCUACCUUUGGAGUAGGAGUCCUGGGAAGAGUGGUUCUCACUUUCACCCAAACAGCGACUUGUUCGUCCCAAGUGAAAGAAAAGAUGUCAUUACUUCAACAGCUUGUUGGACAGCAAUGGCUGCUUUGCUAGUAUCAUUGGGCUUUGUGAUGGGUCCAAUUCAAUUGCUUAAGCUUUAUGGCAUUCCAUAUUGGAUCUUUGUCAUGUGGUUGGAUUUUGUAACUUACUUGCAUCACCAUGGCCAUGAAGACAAAUUACCCUGGUAUCGAGGAAAGGAAUGGAGUUACAUGAGAGGGGGACUCACAACACUGGACCGUGACUAUGGAUGGAUUAACAACAUCCACCAUGACAUUGGAACUCAUGUCAUUCAUCAUCUCUUUCCUCAAAUCCCUCAUUAUCACUUAAUUGAAGCAACUGAGGCAGCGAAGCCUGUGCUUGGAAAAUACUACAGAGAGCCAAAGAAAUCAAGUCCUUUACCGUUCCACCUUUUAGGAGAGUUGAUAAGGAGUUUGAAGAAGGACCAUUAUGUUAGUGACCAUGGGGAUGUGGUGUAUUACCAGACAGAUCCUAAACUCAGUGGCUCUUCUUCUAAAUCAAAUUAAAACCACAAAAGACCUAUCUGAUUGAUUCAACAGAGGCCAUACAUCUUUCUGUCAUGAGUUUAACUCUGAGGAUUGUUUUGGGCUGUGCUUGAGCCUGUGCUCUCAUGGAGUUUCUGCAGAACCUGUUUUGGAGUUCAGAGUGAGUUUCUCAUUAGGUGGCUCACCAUUUUGAUUGUAAAUGCUGAUAUUGAAGAAAGUGAACUCUUUUAGAAAGUGCAAGAGUUCAUACAUUGAUUAUUUACCCAAAAAUAAUAUGGUGUAAUUUAUCAAAUUUCUUGCAUGAAAUUGUCAAUAUUCUUUCAGAUGGGACUAAAUUAAAUGGUCAUUUCCCCACUGGUCAA